UGGCUAGAUAUUAAGGCAUCACCAAUCCUUAAAGGAAGUAAAGUUUGCAGUGCAGGUUCAAAGCUAGCCCUCUUUUCAGGUUUUUUCUUCAAAAAAUGACAACAAAAGAGCGGACCUUUGCAGAUCUGGCUAAGCUGCCCUGUGUAUUGCUGAAAACUUUGGGUUAUGACUUUCUCGACCAGCCACGUCCGCGGUGGCUAAGGAUGCUCUUGACGUUAUAUUUCGUACUGUGUCUAAUGUGUUGUUCGUAUUUCACUUAUUUUGCAUUGGAUUUUGCUGUGGCCGAAUUGGCUGUCGGAGCAAAAGAUUUGCCAUUGCUUCUACGGCUGAUCGAUGAUAUUGUCCACAAUGUGGUUGGAAUUCUUAAGAGUUAUUUUUUCAUUCGUAAUUCGAGAUCAAUUAAAAAGUUGUACAAGAAAUUUGGCGACAUUUUUCCCAUCUCUAUGGAGGAUCGUUUGGCCUAUCGUGUGGAUGAGUAUUAUUGGCCCAAAUGGAUUACAACCAUACUCUAUAUGCAAUUGUGUGCCCUGACAAUAAUACUUUUUGUGCCUUUUGCUGAAUCGAUUUUCGAAUAUGUAGGAGCCCUAAUCAGCCUGGGUUAUGGGAAUGCUAAAUUCGGUUACUAUAGAAUGUAUGAGGAGACAUCGUAUGGCUUUGGUCAUCACAAUUUCCUGGGGUAUGUUGUUUCGUAUUCUCUGGACGUCAUGAAUGCUCUGUAUUCCGCCAUUUGGAUGAUAUGUACAGAUAUUUGGCUCGUCGCCUUUGCUUUGCAACUCUGCAUGCAUUUCGAUUAUAUUUCUCGAACCUUGGAAAACUACGAACCCCACAAGGAGAGAUCACAGGACGACGAAAAAGUACUGGCAGGAUUGGUUAGAAAACAUCAGACUAUAUUAGAGCUAGCAGAUGAAUUGAAGAUAAACUUCAGCGCCUUGAUUCUGGUUAUGUUAUUCUCAACUAUCUCAAUGCUUUUUGGGGCAGCUGAAUUGGUACUGACCCAAGGUAUAACAACUCAUGUUAUUGGUUAUUUGGCCUAUGUACCCACCAGUGUUGGCCAGUUCUUUAUGGUCUGCUACUAUGGGCAAUUAAUUAUCAAUAAGAGUUUAAGGGUAAGUGAGGCGGCCUAUAGCCAAACCUGGUACAAUGGCUCACAAAGUUAUAAAAAAUCCAUAUUAACCAUUAUGCGUCGGGCUCAACGCCACAGUGAAAUCAAUGCUGGCGGUUUUCAAACAACUAAUUUAAUGGCCUUUGAGUCGGUUAUGCGUAUGACAUAUCAAUUGUUUGCCAUAUGGAGCACUAUCAUGGAAUCGAAAUAAAAACAAACAUAUGGGAUGGGAAAACUGUUAGAACGAAUCAAUUUUACCCAAUUUAAAAUAUUUCAAGUUUUUAUUAUGAAUUAAAUGAAUAAGUUGCAUUUGAAUAUUUUAUUCAAUAUUUAAUGCUUGUAGCCUAAAAGUAUGCAUCACACAUUUACUAUAACAUUUUUUCAGUAAUCUAUGUGUAAAAAUAGUAACAUUGUGUUAGUAAUUGAUGUUCACUAGAAAGCGUGAACCGAUUUUAUUUCUGCAAACUCCUUAUAAAAUGUGAUGUCAAUACCGAGGUUUUUAUGUGUAUUGGAGAAUUUGUUACAGCUGUUUAAAUGAACACUGCAUUCAUUUUGGCAUAUGUAUUUUGGAAAUAUUUCACUGAGCCAGUGACUGACUGAUUCAUCAACAUCGAGGCGAAACGGCUGAAGAAAGUAUAUUGAACCUUAGAAGAUAAGUCAAUGAGGGUGUGUAGGAGUAAAUAAUGCGAACUGUAAAUGUACUAUAAUUGAAAGCAAUAUUUAAUGCCUGUAGUCUAAAAGUAUG